AGCCUGGGCUGCGUACGCGCAGUCGCUCCGCACAGAGGGCGUCGUCAUUUUAGGGAACCAGUGUGCGCGCAGCGCACCGAUCAAGUGCCGCAGUCGCUGCCGCUAGGCUCGCCAGGGAGGACCGCGGACGCGCAUCAUGCCGCGGGCGCUCGCGGGGUUGCUGCUCGCCGGCGCGGCGGCGUCAACCUUGGGGGCGGUCGUCGACCUCCACGACGAGAACUUCGAGCACGAGACGCAGUGCACGACCGGCGCGACGACGGGCGACUGGUUCGUGCGCUUCUGCCCCGGCGACCGGUGCGACGACAAGUGGGUCGGCAAACUCAAGACCCUCGACAGGAACCUGACGGCGCACGACUCGAACUGGAUCAACGUCGCCAUGGUCGAGUGCGAGAAGAACCCCGAACUCAAAAAGCGGUUCGCCGUCGCCGCCGCCAGAAACCUCCUCUUCGUUCGGGGGCGGAUGUACGACUUCACCUCGAACGAAACCAACACCACGAGCGACUUCCUGCGAAACUUCACGCGGCGGCCGCGCAACGAGACGCUCGAGAACGGCGGGCGCGACGUCGGCCUCUACAUUCCGCGCGGCCCGACGUGGUACUCGCCGCUCACCGACGCGCUCGACGAGUUCUUCCUCGUCGUCGACUACCGCAUGCUGUCCACGGGGCUCACCGCCUUCGCCGUCCUCCUUGUCGUCGUCGGCGCGCUCAUCCCGCAGGAGCACAACCUCGCGGACGACGACGCUGACAAGAAGAAGGAGGACUAAUAAUAGCGCAUUUUAGUCGCAAGGCUGCCCCUCUUCUCCACUCCCCUCCCCAAGGCUCCGGUACAGACCUCAGGCUCCGGAAGGCCCCGACUCCGACUCCGACUCGAUCCGAC